AUGAACCAAUCCGGGGCUCAAAUUAUUAACGCCCAAUUACAAACCAAUAAUGGUCAGUUGCAAAGACCUCAGAACAUCGGUGGUCCACAAAAUGGUAAUGGGCAAUUUCAAGGAUUCUUGAAUAUUGGCAGACAGACUUUAAGGUCUCGGAACUUGUUCAAUAAUACAUCAAUUUCUGUUCAAUAUUACGCUGACCUAGUCGAAGGAACAAAUCCAUUCACUAGAAGGCAAGGUCCUCCAACACAGAGUAACCAAUCAUUAAUUUCUGGGUUACCCUUAAAAGAUGUCAUCGAAUAA